GAAGCCGUAACAGUCCAAAAGAAACACGACCAUCAAACGAGCACCGUCCAGCAUCCUGUGAUAAUUUCACUUGUAGAAAAGAGGUUUGGGCAGCAUGUCCAACUUGCUUAUGCUUCCUCUGUUAUGAUCAUUUUACAUUAUCAGAUAAAUGUAAUAACCACAAUUCCAAUUUUUCACAGCUUACUUCCAAUACACCAAAAUUCCCUACUGCCAAUGAAGAAGAAACAGAGGUAUCACUGACUACACCUUCUGAUGUAUGCUGUGAUGAAGUGAUGUUCCCAGCACCUUCAAGUCAACCACCUACUCCAGAGGCCAAUUUUUCAUUUAUACCAACUAUACCUUUAAUUCAUGAUGUUAAUGAAGUAGAUGGGGAAAUGAUGUCUUUGCUUCUGUCAACUGGGCCUAUUCCUCCACUAUUUUCUGAGACUGAAGAAGUAACAUACCCAGUCCUCUCAACCGCACCCAUAAACGUUGAGCCAUGUGAAGCAAAUGAACCUCCUUCCAUAGCCGCAACAAUGCCAGAAGCAUGUGAGAAUCGUAAUGUAGAUAGACUGGCUGCUGAUUAUGUAGUUGAUGGAGACCCUAGGCAGUUUUCCCCAAAGAAGAUUAAAGAAAUUAAAAGUAGAAAUGCUUUGGUCAAGAAAAAAAGGAAUCUGGGGGAAGCAUAUACCACAGAAAAAACAAACAAACUGAUGCCUGCAAAAAGAGAUGCAAUGGAAAACAGUAAGUGUACUUACUGUGAAUUUAAAGAGCUUGACU